AUGAGAAUUAUAUGCUUAGCUUUAAUUGCUUUACUUGCAAUAUCUGUUGUCUAUGCUGAUGAAGAUAUUGAUGCUAUCAAGGAAUGCGCUACUUCUACUGAUGCCCAAAUGAAUUGUGGUGAAGAUGAAGAUGAGGCCUGUGAAAAAGAAAAGGAAAGAUUGGAAUCAUGCAUAGAUGGUUGCGACAACGGUUCCUUCGAUUAAACUAUGUAUGAAUAAGGGUUAUGCUUUUAAAAAAAGUGUACUACCAAAAACUCAAAGCUCAAAACUGCUUUAUCAAAUUACAUUAAAUGUUUCCUUAAAUUCCCUCCCACUGAAGAUAAUAAAAAUGAAGGCGACAAUAAAGGUGAAGGUGAAAAUAAGGAUGAAGGAGAAAAGAAAGAUGAAGGUGAAAAUAAGGAUGAAGGAGAAAAGAAAGAUGAAGGUGUAAAUAAGGACGAAGAAAACAAGAAAGAUGAAGGAGAAAAGAAGGAUGAAGGAAACAAGAAAGAUGAAGGAGAAAAGAAAGAUGAAGAAAACAAGAAAGAUGAGGGAGAAAAGAAAGACGAAGGAGAAAAGAAAGACGAAGGAGAAAAGAAAGAAGAAGGAAACAAGAAAGAUGAAGGUGAAAAGAAGGAUGAAGAUAAUAAGAAUGGAGAAGGAGAAAAGAAAGACGAAGGAGAGAAGAAGGAUGAAGGAAACAAGAAUGAAGAAGAAACAAAGAAAGAUGAAGGUAUCAAAAAAGAUGAAGAAAACAAAAAAGACAAUGUUGAAUAAGGCCAAAAAGACCAAAAGGGAGAUAAUGGCUCAAAAGAUCAAAAAGAUCAAAAUGGCAAGACUGUUAAAGCUGAACAAAGUGUUAUUUCUGGUGGAAACUCAUUAGUUUUUGCACUCACCUUAACUAUCUUAGCUCUAUUAAAUUGA